CAUUGAAAGUGAAAAUGGCCCGUACUAAGCAGACUGCUCGUAAAUCCACUGGUGGCAAGGCGCCACGCAAACAACUGGCUACCAAGGCCGCACGUAAAAGUGCUCCAGCAACCGGUGGCGUGAAGAAACCUCAUCGGUAUCGCCCUGGCACUGUUGCCCUGCGUGAAAUCCGUCGUUACCAGAAGAGUACCGAGCUGCUGAUCCGCAAACUGCCUUUCCAGCGGUUGGUUCGUGAAAUCGCUCAAGAUUUCAAAACCGACUUGCGUUUCCAGAGCUCAGCAGUAAUGGCCCUGCAGGAAGCUAGCGAAGCCUAUCUGGUCGGUCUCUUCGAAGAUACCAACUUGUGUGCCAUUCAUGCCAAGCGUGUCACAAUCAUGCCCAAGGACAUCCAACUGGCCAGACGUAUUCGUGGCGAGCGUGCUUAAGUUGACAUUUCUUCGACAAGCACAUAUAAACUUUGUACAAAUCGGUCCUUUUCAGGACCACAAAUAACUUACAUUGAGAUUUUUUAUUUCUACAUACUCGCAUUAUUUUUCCCCAAAUAAAAUAUGUACAUA